CGGAACAUUUCCUACGUACGGUAUGUUCUCCGGUUAGACGACAUCGGUGAAGCCGUACGGGAGAUCUCGAGGUGGAAAGGACCACACCGUGUAGUGUAGUCGUUUCACUGACCACUGCGCCACCGGUCCAAGUCGAGCCUAUUGUUGCUGGUUUUGUGUUUCUAUAUUUCUAUGUGAAAAGGCCGAGAAGACGUUGAUCUUGUGAUGCCAGCCCAGCCCUCAGUCAAUGAACCAGAGGAAGAGAUGGAGGUGGAGGGAGACAGUGAACUGCCAGAAGCCAAUGGAGAGAUGGGGGAAAAGAGGGAGAGAGAGGGAGGAGAGGGGGAGGAGGAGACCAUGGAUGAGAGCACGGAGGAGAGGGAGAGCGACUUGGACGAGAGCGAGGAGGAGAGUUCAGAGAUGGAUGAUGAGGACUGUGAGAGGAGGAGAGGAGAGUGUCUUGAUGAGAUGUCAGAUCUGGAGAAACAGUUCCUGGAACUCAAAGACAAGUUGUUCUGCGAGCGGUUAAACCAGGUUAAGGUGAAGCUAGAUGAGGUGUUGACUGGUAAAGCAGGAGAAUACAGAGAACCACUGGCAACACUGCAACACAACAUGAUGCUAGGCACACAUGUGGCAGGUGUGUACAGAGACCUGUGUCUGCAGAUGGUCAAACACAAGUAUGAGUGUGAUCUACAGGGAGCUCGACAACAUCUGGAGAGCGAGAGAAACUUGUUGUUCGAUGCUAUGAAGACAGAACUGCUGGACAAGAUCAGACGGCUGGAGGAGGAUAGUCAGAGUGGGGACCUCACCUCAGAGUGGUGGAGUGAUGGGGUAAAGGGGAGGAAGUGUAAAAGGAGGAGUUUGUCCGGUCCGGAGAAGAAGAAGAAAGCCCUAGUGUCUGGCCCGUUCAUCGUCUACAUGUUGAGAGACAUUGAUAUCCUGGAAGACUGGGCAGUUAUACAGAAGUCUGGAAGGUCUUCCCACUGCUUUUCCUUCACUCUGCGGUCCAACUCAUCCCAAACCAUCUGUCUGUCUUUCAGGCUAAAGCAGCACUGAUGCCAUUCAGGAAAAAAACGGACAAGCGGUGAUAACAGAGGAGUGUCGCAGACGUCUAGACAAACCAAAGUCUCGGCGCUGCAGAAGAGAAACCACAACAACAGAACAGCCUUAAACACAGGCCAGUUUGAGACUUAUAGAUAAUACAAAGCACUUCAGUAGGGUCCUGUUCAGUAGGGUCCUGUUCAGUAGGGUCCUGCUCAGUAGGGUCCUGCUCAGUAGGGUCCUGUUCAGUAGGGUCCUGUUCAGUAGGGUCCUGUUCAGUAGGGUCCUGCACUUUAAUAACCAGCCAGACCCAGAUCUCAAUAUACCUUUCAACAGUUUGGGGUGACUUAGAAAUGUAUUUAUAAUUCAAAUGUCCAUAAAAAAGUAUGGGACAGAAAAGAGAGUAAAAUGUAUUUAUAAUUCACAGAGUAAAAUGUAUUUAUAAUUCACAGAGUAAAAUGUAUUUAUAAUUCACAGAGCAAAAUGUAUUUAUAAUAUACAGAGUAAAAUGUAUUUAUAAUUCACAGAGUAAAAUGUAUUUAUAAUAUACAGAGUAAAAUGUAUGUAUCGCUGCUGAGCCUGUUUGUAUUACUUUGACAUUUUAAUGGAUAUUUGAAUUAUAAAAAUAUUUCAACAACUUAGGUAGCUUUAUGACAUUCUUACGACAGGUCUAUGACAGGUCUAUGACAGGUCUAUGACAGGUCUAUGACAGGUCAAUGGCAGGUCUAUGACAGGUCUAUGGCAGGUCUAUGGCAGGUCAAUGGCAGGUCUAUGACAGUUCUAUGGCAGGUCUAUGACAGGUCAAUGGCAGGUCUAUAACAGGUUAAUGGCAGGUCUAUGACAGGUCUAUGACAGGUCCAUGGCAGGUCUAUGGCAGGUCUAUGACAAGUCUAUGACAGUUCUAUGGCAGGUCUAUGACAGGUCUAUGACAGUUCUAUGGCAGGUCAAUGGCAGGUCUAUGACAGUUCUAUGGCAGGUCUAGGACAGGUAAAUGGCAGGUCUAUGACAGGUUAAUGGCAGGUCUAUGACAGUUCUAUGGCAGGUCUAUGGCAGGUCUAUGACAGGUCUAUGACAGGUCUAUGACAGGUCAAUGGCAGGUCAAUGGCAGGUCAAUGGCAGGUCUAUGACAGGUCAAUGGCAGGUCUAUGACAGGUCUAUGACAGGUUAAUGGCAGGUCUAUGACAGGUCUAUGACAGGUCCAUGGCAGGUCUAUGGCAGGUCUAUGACAAGUCUAUGACAGUUCUAUGGCAGGUCUAUGACAGGUCUAUGACAGUUCUAUGGCAGGUCAAUGGCAGGUCUAUGACAGUUCUAUGGCAGGUCUAGGACAGGUAAAUGGCAGGUCUAUGACAGGUUAAUGGCAGGUCUAUGACAGUUCUAUGGCAGGUCAAUGGCAGGUCUAUGACAGGUUAAUGGCAGGUCUAUGACAGUUCUAUGGCAGGUCAAUGGCAGGUCUAUGACAGUUCUAUGGCAGGUCUAGGACAGGUAAAUGGCAGGUCUAUGACAGGUUAAUGGCAGGUCUAUGACAGUUCUAUGGCAGGUCAAUGGCAGGUCUAAGACAGUUUUAUGGCAGGUCUAUGACAGGUCUAUGACAGUUCUAUGGCAGGUCAAUGGCAGGUCUAUGACAGUUCUAUGGCAGGUCUAUGACAGGUCAAUGGCAGGUCUAUGGCAGGUCUAUGACUGGUCAAUGGCAGGUCUUUGACAGUUCUAUGGCAGGUCUAUGACAGGUCAAUCUCAGGUCUAUGACAGGUCCAUGACAGGUCUAUGGUAGGUCUAUGACAGGUCCAUGGCAGGUCUAUGACAGGUCUAUGAUAGGUCUAUGACAGGUCAAUGGCAGGUCUAUGACAGGUCAAUGGCAGGUCUAUGGCAGGUCUAUGACCGGUCUAUGGCAGGUCUAUGACCGGUCUAUGACAGGUCUAUGGCAGGUCUAUGACAGGUCUAUGGCAGGUCUAUGACAGGUCUAUGACAGUUCUAUGUGAGUUCUAUGGCAGGUCUAUGACAGGUCAAUGGCAGGUCUAUGACAGGUUAAUGGCAGGUCUAUGACAGGUCUAUGACAGCUCCAUGGCAGGUCUAUGGCAGGUCUAUGACAAGUCUAUGACAGUUCUAUGGCAGGUCUAUGGCAGGUCUAUGACAGGUCUAUGACAGGUCAAUGGCAGGUCUAUGGCAGGUCUAUGACAGGUCAAUGGCAGGUCUAUGACAGGUCUAUGACAGGUCUAAGGCAGGUCUAUGACAGGUCAAUGGCAGGUCUAUGGCAGGUCUAUGACUGGUCAAUGGCAGUUCUAUGACAGUUCUAUGGCAGGUCUAUGACAGGUCAAUCUCAGGUCUAUGACAGGUCCAUGACAGGUCUAUGACAGGUCUAUGGCAGGUCUAUGGCAGGUCUAUGACAGGUCUAUGACAGGUCCAUGGCAGGUCUAUGACAGGUCUAUGGUAGGUCUAUGACAGGUCAAUGGCAGGUCUAUGACAGGUCAAUGGCAGGUCUAUGGCAGGUCUAUGGCAGGUCUAUGACAGGUCUAUGACAGGUCAAUCUCAGGUCUAUGACAGGUCCAUGACAGGUCUAUGGCAGGUCUAUGACAGGUCUAUGGCAGGUCUAUGACAGGUCUAUGACAGGUCUAUGACAGGUCUAUGUCUGAUACCAAAACAUUUGUUUUAGGCCCAGCUCUAACAAUUUGCACUUCAGAAAGAAAAAAAAAGAUCCCACAUUCUCUCUCUGGUCAAAUAUAUAUUUUUUGUUACAAAAAAAAACGAAAUGAAAUCUAACCUUGAAAUACUACUAGUUUUCCCCUUGAGAUUAUUUCCCAGGAAGAAGGUGGAAAAAAAGGCCACUGAAUCAACAUUUAAGGUCUCUUUAACCAGAGUGAAAGGCCCCGCCUUCAGGCUACAAUGGUAGGGAAAACACUGCAAUACAAACCACUGAACUAAACCUAUUACCACUGUCAUUUAUACUGUUUCUAUGACGAUGAUGGUUGUUUUAUUUAAGCUGUUUUUUAUUAACGACCAUUUAUUUAUAACAAUUUAAUAAGAAAUAAUGAUUAAAUAUUUUAUGAGAUGAA